ACAUUUCGACUUUCGGCAGAAUGAUAGGGUAUAUCAUUCUUGCUCUUACCGUUACCUGCGGGGCGGUAAGGGCCCAGAUGGGAUGUGAUACCAAAGCGGAUGUGACAUUUUUGAUAGACUCUUCAAGUAAAGUAGGCCAACAAAACUUUCAGAAACAAUUAAACUUUAUAAGAGAUGUUUCGAACAACAUGCAAGUGGCUCCUGACAAAGUUCAGGUUAGCGCUUUGACAUUCGGGACUGGCGUUACCAAUCAGUUCUACCUUAACCAAUAUACGGAUAAUAAUCAGCUUCAGCAAGCUAUUAUGAAUAUUCCGUAUAAAGGUGGACAAGCCAAGAUGGCUAACGCCAUCCGGUAUGCAACGGGUACGUCAUUUAGUCCUAUCCACGGUGGGCGUGGCGAUGCUCCUCACGUGGCGGUUCUCUUGACCAAUCAACCCUCAGGGACGAUAGACCAGAUCAAACUAGAGUCACAAACUGCACGUGACAAUGGUCUAAUUCUCUACACGGUUGGCGUUGGAAACGGCGUAGACCAGAGCGAACUGCAAACCAUUGCAUCCGACCCAGAUUCAAGACACAUGUUUUCGUCACAGAAUUUCGAUGCUUUAGGAAGUCUCUCAGACUUGCUGGCAACGAAGAUUUGCAAUGAAUUACCCCCUGAUCCAACGAUGCUGCCAGCACCAACAGGUUGUUUAAAGAAAGCUGAUUUGGUAUUCAUGGUUGAUUCUUCAAGCAGCGUGGGUAGUACCAACUUCCAAAAACUAGAACAUUUCUUGAAGGGUGUCGUUUCCAAGGUUGAUGUCGGUGCUAACAAAGUCCAAGUCGGUGUUGUAAAAUACGGCAACUACCCCUCAGUUGAAUUCCCUCUAGGGCAGUACCAAACAAGACCAGAGGCGAUGAAAGCUAUUGAAGGAAUGACUUACCUUGGUGGUGGAACUCAUGACGCCGACGCCAUCCGUUACACAGGACAACAGGUAUUCAAUCAGCACAGCGGAGCUCGCGGGGACGUCCCAAGAAUCGCAGUCCUAAUUACAGACGGAGGUUCGUCCAAUCCUACUGCUGCUGUAGCUGCUGCCGAUAAAGCAAGAACAGAAAACAUUGGAAUAAUUGCAGUUGGUGUUGGAAACAGAGUGAAUAAUGCUGAACUGAACAAUAUUGCCGACAGUCCAUCGACAGACAACGCUUUCACCGUGAAAAGUUAUGAUGAUCUAGACAGUAUUACGGACAAGCUUAUCGCCCAAAUGUGCAAAGUAAAGGCCACUCAACCAUCAAUUACGGGAGCAACACUACCACCAGAUCCGUGCCAAGACACAUUAGCCAAUUGUGCUCAGUACGGAAAUGAUGUCUGCACAAAUUACGGUUCAUGGGCUCAGCAAAACUGUGCUAAAUUCUGUAGUUUCUGUACACCACUGUUUACAAGUGCCCCACCAAAAUGUGAAGACACUUUACCAGACUGUGCCAACUAUGGCAGGGAUUACUGUGCCCAACCAGGCUCCUAUGUUGCCCAGAACUGCCAGCUUUUCUGUGGUUUCUGUGCUUCCAACACAAGUUCAUCAGGAUAUUAUGGCAAGUGUUCCUACAAGAGCAAAACUUACAUAACUGGUGAGAAAUGGUACGAUGGCUGUGACUAUGAAUGUAUUUGUGAGGAUGGAAACACAGGAAGAUACAAGUGCAACAACAGAUGUCCAGUCUACCACAACCUCCCAUCUGACUGUACUCUAGUCACCCAACCUGGUGAAUGCUGUCUUGAACCAGUGUGCAACUUCAACCCAACUGUCAAUGUGCAACAAUCAAGCGGUCAUGCUGUCACACCUAAUGGAAUCGAUGUUUGCGUGUAUAAGGGUAAACAGUAUUACCAGCGACAAAGUUGGAGGGAUGGCUGUGACUAUCAGUGCACAUGUACCGAUGCCAAAUCUGGACUGUACAGAUGCGAGGACCUUUGCCCGUCAUACAGUAGUAUUCCACCUUACUGUCAUCUAGAGCAGAAGGCAGGAGAGUGUUGUAAGAAACCAGUGUGUGAGUUCGACUCCCAGACAGGAAGCUUCCAGGGUUCCGGAUCAAUCAGUGGCUACGGAGUUGGAGCUAAACCAACUGAGCACCCACCAUGUCUCGAUGCUAUCGGCACAUGUAACAUGUACGGCAAGGACGUAUGUGUAAGCUACAGAGGCUGGGCAGCAAUCAACUGCAGGAAAUACUGUGACAUGUGCCCUGAUGGCCUUCCUCAGCCAGGACCCAAUGACCGUUGUGUAUAUGCCGGAAAACUGUACAAACAGGGACAAUCUUGGAACACAAGUUGUGACACUGAAUGUACAUGUGAAAAUGCUAUCUAUGGAUAUUACAGAUGUGUCAAUACAUGCCCAACAUACAACAAUUUACCGAGUGGCUGCAGAAUGACGAAGAAGGCUGGUGAAUGUUGCCCAGUAGCACAGUGUGUUAACGGUUACUUCCUGUCCACAUCUCUCACACCAGACACUAUUGGUAAUGGUGGAGCCAUCAAUGUAACAAACCCACAACCAGGCAUAACAUAUAAUCCACCAAAAUCAACUACCGGUGGAACUCUGAGACCGGGAACCGGUGGUACUGGAUUUGUUGCCCCAUCAGUCAGUGGCUGUUUGUACAAGGGUCAGAUAUAUGUUCAGGAUCAAGCAUGGGAAGAUGGCUGCCAAUUAACAUGUAUAUGUAAGGAGGCUGGCACUGGUCUAUACUCCUGCAAGCAAAAGUGUCCAAGCUAUCCAGCACUGGCUCCCUCAUGCCAUAUGGAAACUGAUCCCAAUGAUGAAUGCUGCCAGGCACCAAAAUGUAACCCAGACCCAGUGACACACAAGAUUCCAGUUCCCCUUCCAGUGUUCUACCCAGCCACUCAGAUUCACAGUCUGGUGGAACCACCAAGGACAGACAGCUACCACCCAUUCACUUCAUCAGUGACAUUGUUCCCCACAGGAUUCACCCCAGCCCCUCCAACUGUACCAACAUCUGGAGUAGGAACUGGCGGAAUUGGUCAUUGUACCUACAGAGGACAGACAUACCAACAAGGACAGGUCUGGGAAGAUGGCUGCGACUUCAACUGUGUUUGUGAUGAUGCAAGCAGGGGACACUACCAGUGUACAGAAAAAUGUGUGCACUAUGGAGUAUUGCCAAAACAGUGUUAUCUCAUCAAGGAUCCAGUGAACCCAUGUUGUGACAUCCCCAAAUGUAACUUUGCUGUGAACUACGUAACCCAUGUUGGAGAAGUUAAAGUAACAACCCCACGACCACAAGGAGAAUACUGUAUAUACGAGGGCCAGCAAUACCAACAAGGACAGACAUGGUACGAUGGCUGUAGCUUCAAGUGUACAUGUGAGGACGCUGCUGAAAAUGUAUACAGAUGUCUUACAAGAUGUCCCGAAUACGAGAAUGUUGACGAGACCUGCGAUUUCCUCCCUGAUCCCAAGGAUCCAAGCUGUUGUGUGAUACCGAAAUGUCCAACUACUGGUACCACUCCUGGACCCACUCAGCUGCCCCUGCCGGCUUCAACUGGUUCAUUUAUUGGACAAGGACCUGCAACAGGUUAUUGUGAGUACAAGGGAACACAUUACAGCCAGGGACAGUCUUGGCAAGAUGGCUGCGACUUGAACUGUGUUUGUACUGAUGCCGAAUCUGGUCUCUACAGAUGUACCGAAGUGUGCCAGCGAUACAACAAUCUGCCGGAAUAUUGCACCCUUGUUACUGACUUCACAAACCCAUGUUGUAAGAAGCCAAGAUGUAACUUCCCAUCUGUAACACAGGGUGUCACUGGGGCUAAUACCCCAUCCACACUCGCACCUACUCCUUUACCCCCAGGACAGUCCCCUGUACCCCAGACAGGAACAACACUGGCUCCCCACUACAAAUAUUGUAUAUACAAGGGUGUACAGUACAACCAGGGUGAGACAUGGGAAGAUGGAUGCCAAUACAGAUGUAGAUGUGACAAUGCUGACAAGGGACUUUACGUUUGUAAUGAAAGAUGUGCCUCAUAUGAUAAUGUACCAGCUACAUGUAAGAUGGUAACAGACCCAGCUGACUCUUGCUGUCUCGUACCAUCCUGUCAACCAGAGCCAAAGUCUACUCCAGCCCCAGUACCAGGAGUGUCAACCCCAGCCCCAACGCCUUACCAGGUACCGACAGUAGCACCUGGAUCAGUGACUGGCUCAGCCAACAUACCAACACCAAAACCAGGCAUGACCCAACCUCCACUGAAUUACUGUGAAUAUAAGGGUGUACAAUAUAACCAGGGACAGAAGUGGGACGAUGGAUGUGACUUCACAUGUGAAUGUCUAGAUGCAAACAUUGGACAAUACAAAUGCUACGAAAAGUGUGCAAAGUAUGUUGACCUGCCUUCCAACUGCCGUCUUGCAAAGGAUCCAGCCAACCCAUGUUGCCAGGUGCCAGAAUGUACCGGAGAACCAACACCAGCACCAAAAACCACUCCAGGACCACACCGAACACCUACAACUCCACCACAAAAUGUGUGUGUAUACAAGGGUGUCUACUACACACAGGGCCAACAAUGGUACGAUGGUUGCGACUAUGUAUGCACUUGUGAAGAUUCUGAGGCAGGAGUUUACACGUGUAAUGAAAGGUGCCCAAUCUAUGGUUCCCUGCCAGCCCAGUGUUCACUGGUACAGAGCUCCACAGACCCACUUUGCUGCAAGGAACCAAAAUGUCUGUUCCAGAACACCAAGAACCAAACAACAGGCUACCUCACCCCACCCACUCCACCACCAGGUGUUAUCUAUGGUGGUGCCGCCACACCCACCCCUCAGCCAACAAUGGCCCCUUCCCCAGGCUACUCACCAACACCAGGACCCUCCACAACAGCUGCACCAAAAGUGUGCAUCUACAAGGGCAACAUGUACCAACAGGGACAGAAAUGGCAGGAUGGUUGCAACUACAAAUGCGAAUGUCUCGAUGCUAUGUCUGGACAGUAUAAAUGUACUGAAAUCUGUGCCAAGUAUGAUGACCUACCAGCAGGUUGCAGGAUGAUCACAGACCCCUAUAACCCAUGCUGUAAGAAACCUUACUGCCCCGCCAUCAAUGUACCCACACCAGCUCCACCAGGAGUCUCCACCAUGGCACCUACACCACAACCAAAAACUGGUUGUAUGUACAAUGGUGUAAGAUUUGGUGUGGGAGAACACUGGAAUGAUGGAUGUGACCUACAGUGUGUCUGUGAAGAUGAAAUGACUGGAUUCUACAGGUGUAAUGACAGAUGUAGAAAUUAUGAUGUACCAGAAGAAUGUACCCUUGUGACAGAUCCCCGAGAUGCUUGCUGCAAAGUUCCGUACUGUCCAACACCAACAACACCUAAACCUUGGUACCCAGGCAUGGUACCAACCCCAGCUCCUGGAUUUACUUACGCUCCUGGUAAGGAGCCAACACCAGCUCCAGGCAGUACAUUUGCACCUGGAAUGUUCCCAACAUGGGUACCAGGAAUGGUUCCAACACCAGCUCCAGGCUACACUUAUGCACCAAAUAAGUUACCAACUCCAGCACCUGGACUUACUUAUGCACCUGGUCUUUAUCCAACAUGGGUACCAGGUAUGGUACCAACACCUGCACCAGGUGUUACAUAUGCUCCAAACAAGAUACCAACACCUGCACCAGGCUUUACAUAUCCACCAGGCAAGUUCCCAACAUGGGUUCCAGGCAUGGUACCAACACCUGCCCCAGGUGUGACAUAUGCUCCAAAUAAGAUACCAACACCAGCACCAGGAAUUACCUACAAACCUGGAAUGUUCCCAACAUGGGUACCAGGUAUGGUUCCGACACCAGCACCAGGUUUUACAUAUGCUCCAAACAAGAUACCAACACCAGCUCCAGGUUUUACUUAUCCACCAGGACAGUUUCCAACAUAUGUACCUGGCAUGGUACCCACUCCUGCACCAGGUGUUACUUAUGCUCCAUGGAAAAUACCAACACCAGCACCAGGAAGUACAUAUGCUCCUGGAAAGUUCCCAACAUGGUUACCAGGCAUGGUACCGACUCCAGCCCCAGGCAUGACAUAUGCCCCUAACAAGAUACCAACACCAGCACCAGGAAGUACCUACAAACCAGGAAUGUACCCAACAUGGGUUCCAGGUAUGGUACCAACACCAGCACCAGGUUUUACUUAUGCUCCAAACAAGAUACCAACACCUGCCCCAGGACAAACAUUGCUCCAGCAAGUUCCCAACAUGGUACCUGCAUGGUUCCACCCAGCUCAGCUAUACAUAUCCACCUACUUAGUGCCAACACCAGCCCAGACAAACUUAUGCUCCAGGAAAAUUCCCUACAAUAAUUCCAAGUGCCUACCCAACACCAGCUCCUGGCAACUUCCCAACAUGGCAUCCAGCACCAGGAAGAACUAUGCUCCAGGUUUUUCCCAACAUGGUACCAGGAAUGGUUCCAACACAAUGCCAGGAAUGACUUUUGCUCCAAACAAGGUACCAACCCCGGCACCUGGAAGUACUUAUGCACCUGGUCUGUUCCCAACCUGGGUACCAGGAAUGGUUCCAACACCAGCACCAGGUGUAACAUAUGCUCCAGGAAAGAUUCCAACACCUGCUCCAGGCAGCACAUAUGCUCCAUUGAAAUUCCCAACAUGGGUUCCAGGCAUGGUGCCAACACCAGCUCCAGGUGUGACAUAUGCACCUGGCAAGAUACCAACACCAGCCCCAGGCUAUACAUAUGCUCCAGGUCAGUUCCCAACAUAUGUACCAGGAAUGGUUCCAACACCAGCCCCAGGUAUGACAUAUGCCCCUGGUAAGAUACCAACCCCAGCACCAGGAAGUACAUACCAACCAGGAAUGUUCCCAACAUGGAUACCAGGAAUGGUUCCAACUCCUGCACCAGGCGUGACAUAUGCUCCAAAUAAGUUGCCUACUCCAGCUCCAGGAUACACUUAUGCACCAGGCAAGUUCCCAACAUGGGUACCAGGUAUGCAGCCAACUCCUGCACCUGGUGUGACAUAUGCUCCAAAUAAGAUACCAACACCAGCUCCAGGAUACACUUACGCACCAGGCAAGUUCCCAACAUGGGUUCCAGGUAUGCAGCCAACUCCUGCACCAGGCAUGACAUAUGCACCAGGAAAGAUACCAACACCAGCUCCAGGAAGCACAUAUCCACCAGGAAUGUUCCCAACAUAUGUACCUGGUAUGGUACCCACUCCUCAACCAGGUUUUACUUAUGCUCCAUGGAAAAUCCCAACACCAGCACCAGGAAGUACAUAUGCUCCUGGAAAGUUCCCAACUUGGGUACCAGGCAUGGUACCAACACCUGCCCCAGGUACAAGAUACCAACACCUGCCCAGGACAAACAUAUGCUCCAGCAAGUUCCCAACAUGGGUACCUGGCAUGGUUCCUACACCAGCUCCAGGCUAUACAUAUCCACCUUACUUAGUGCCAACACCAGCCCCAGGACAAACUUAUGCUCCAGGAAAAUUCCCUACAAUAAUUCCAAGUGCCUACCCAACACCAGCUCCUGGGCACACUUUCCCAACAUGGCAUCCAGGUAUGGUACCAACUCCAAAACCAGGACAAACAUAUGCACCAAACCUGAUUCCAACACCAGCACCAGGAAGCACAUAUCCUCCAGGUAUGUUCCCAACAUGGGUACCAGGAAUGGUUCCAACACCAGCUCCAGGAAAGACUUGCACCAUGGUUGGUUCCGGAUCACUCCAGCCCCAGGAUCUACAUAUGCUCCAUUCCAGUAUCCAACAUGGGUACCAGGCAUGGUCCCAACACCAGCUCCAGGUGCACAUAUGCUCCAAACAAAAUUCCAACACCAGCACCAGGAAGAACUUAUGCUCCAGGUUUUUCCCAACAUGGGUACCAGGAAUGGUUCCAACACCAAUGCCAGGAAUGACUUUGCUCCAAAAAGGUACCAACCCGCACCGGAAGACUUAUGCACCUGGUAAUUCCCAACAUGGGUACCAGGAAUGGUCCCACACCAGCACCAGGUGUAACUAUGCUCCAGGAAGAUUCCAACCUGCUCCAGGAAGCACAUAUGCUCCAUUGAAAUUCCCAACAUACGUUCCAGGCAUGGUGCCAACACCAGCUCCAGGUGUGACAUAUGCACCUGGCAAGAUACCAACACCAGCCCCAGGUUAUACAUAUGCUCCAGGUCACUUCCCAACAUAUGUACCAGGAAUGGUCCAACCCGCCCCUGGUAUGACAUAUGCCCCUGGUAAGAUACCAACCCCGCACCAGGAAGCACAUACAACCAGAAUGUUCCCAACAUGGUACAUAUGCACCAGAAAGAUACCAACACCAGCUCCAGGAAGCACAUAUCCACCAGGAAUGUUCCCAACAUAUGUACCUGGCAUGGUACCCACUCCUCAACCAGGUUUUACUUAUGCGCCAUGGAAAAUCCCAACACCAGCACCAGGAAGUACAUAUGCUCCUGGAAAGUUCCCAACAUGGGUACCAGGCAUGGUACCAACACCUGCCCCAGGUGUAACAUAUGCACCAAAUAAGAUACCAACACCAGCCCCAGGAAGUACCUAUAAACCUGGAAUGUUCCCAACAUGGGUACCAGGCAUGGUACCAACACCAGCACCAGGUGUAACUUAUGCUCCAAACAAGAUACCAACACCUGCCCCAGGACAAACAUAUGCUCCAGGCAAGUUCCCAACAUGGGUACCUGGCAUGGUUCCCACUCCAGCUCCAGGCUAUACAUAUCCACCUUACUUGGUGCCAACACCAGCCCCAGGACAAACUUAUGCUCCAGGAAAAUUCCCUACAAUAAUUCCAAGUGCCUACCCAACACCAGCUCCUGGGCACACCUUCCCAACAUGGCAUCCAGGUAUGGUACCAACUCCAAAACCAGGACAGACAUAUGCACCAAACCUGAUUCCAACACCAGCACCAGGAAGCACAUAUCCUCCAGGUAUGUUCCCAACAUGGGUACCAGGAAUGGUUCCAACACCAGCUCCAGGAAAGACUUUUGCACCAUGGUUGGUUCCUGGACUCACUCCAGCCCCAGGAUCUACAUAUGCUCCAUUCCAGUAUCCAACAUGGGUACCAGGCAUGGUCCCAACACCAGCUCCAGGUGUGACAUAUGCUCCAAACAAAAUUCCAACACCAGCACCAGGAAGAACUUAUGCUCCAGGGUUUUUCCCAACAUGGGUACCAGGAAUGGUUCCAACACCAAUGCCAGGAAUGACUUAUGCUCCAAAUAAGGUUCCAACUCCUGCUCCAGGAAUGACUUAUGCACCUGGUAAGUUCCCAACAUGGGUACCAGGAAUGGUCCCCACACCAGCACCAGGUGUAACAUAUGCUCCAGGAAAGAUUCCAACACCUGCUCCAGGAAGCACAUAUGCUCCAUUGAAAUUCCCAACGUGGGUUCCAGGCAUGGUGCCAACACCAGCUCCAGGUGUAACAUAUGCUCCAAAUAUGAUUCCAACACCAGCACCAGGCUAUACAUAUGCUCCUGGACACUUCCCAACAUAUGUACCAGGAAUGGUACCAACUCCUGCCCCUGGUAUGACAUAUGCCCCUGGUAAGAUACCAACCCCAGCACCAGGAAGCACAUACAAACCAGGAAUGUUCCCAACAUGGGUACCAGGUAUGGUGCCAACCCCAGCUCCAGGCAUGACAUAUCGUCCUGAUAAGAUACCAACACCAGCUCCAGGAAGCACAUAUCCACCAGGAAUGUUCCCAACAUAUGUACCUGGCAUGGUACCCACUCCAGCUCCAGGUGUUACUUAUGCUCCAUGGAAAGUCCCAACACCAGCACCAGGAGUAACUUAUGCUCCAGGACAGUUCCCAACAUGGGUACCAGGCAUGCAGCCAACACCUGCCCCAGGUGUAACAUAUGCACCAAACAAGAUACCAACACCAGCCCCAGGAAGUACCUACAAACCUGGAAUGUUCCCAACAUGGGUACCAGGAAUGGUACCAACACCAGCACCAGGUGUAACUUAUGCUCCAAACAAGAUACCAACACCAGCUCCAGGAAGCACAUAUGCACCAGGCAAGUUCCCAACAUGGGUACCUGGCAUGGUUCCCACGCCAGCUCCAGGCUAUACAUAUCCACCUUACUUGGUGCCAACACCUGCUCCAGGACAAACUUAUGCUCCAGGAAAAUUCCCUACAAUAAUUCCAAGUGCCUACCCAACACCAGCUCCUGGGCACACUUUCCCAACAUGGCAUCCAGGUAUGGUACCAACUCCAAAACCAGGACAAACAUAUGCACCAAACCUGAUUCCGACACCAGCACCAGGAAGAACAUAUGCUCCAGGUAUGUUCCCAACAUGGGUACCAGGAAUGGUUCCAACACCAGCUCCAGGACAAACGUUUGCACCAUGGUUGGUUCCAGGACUCACUCCAGCCCCAGGAUCUACAUAUGCUCCAUUCCAGUAUCCAACAUGGGUACCAGGCAUGGUCCCAACACCAGCUCCAGGUGCAACAUAUGCUCCAAACAAAAUUCCAACACCAGCACCAGGAAGCACUUACGCUCCAGGGUUUUUCCCAACAUGGGUACCAGGAAUGGUUCCAACACCAAUGCCAGGAAUGACUUUUGCUCCAAAUAAGGUACCAACACCAGCACCAGGGAUGACUUAUGCACCUGGUCAGUUCCCAACAUGGGUACCAGGAAUGGUCCCCACACCAGCACCAGGUGUUACAUAUGCUCCAGGAAAGAUUCCAACACCAGCACCAGGCUACACAUACGCUCCAGGCAAGUUCCCAACAUGGGUACCAGGUAUGGUACCAACACCAGCCCCAGGUGUGACAUAUGCUCCAAAUAAGAUUCCAACACCAGCUCCAGGUUAUACCUAUGCUCCUGGCAAGUUCCCAACAUGGGUACCAGGUAUGGUUCCAACUCCAGCUCCUGGAAGUACAUAUGCACCAAAUAGGAUUCCUACACCGGCACCAGGAAGAACGUAUGCUCCAGGAAAAUUCCCAACUUGGGUUCCAGGAAUGAUUCCAACACCAAUGCCAGGAAAAACAUUUGCCCCAUGGUAUGUUCCAACACCUGCACCAGGAAGCACAUAUGCACCAGGCAAGUUCCCAACAUGGAUUCCAGGAAUGGUACCAACACCAGCGCCUGGUGUUACCUACUCACCAGAUAAGAUUCCUACACCAAAACCAGGCUAUACCUAUGCUCCAGGACAGUACCCCACAUGGGUUCCAGGCAUGGUGCCAACUCCAGCACCAGGUGUUACAUAUGCACCUAACAUGAUACCAACACCAGCUCCAGGUUAUACAUAUGCUCCAGGCAAGUUCCCUACUUGGGUACCAGGCAUGGUUCCAACACCAGCACCAGGUGUUACAUAUGCCCCUGGUAUGAUACCAACCCCAGCUGGACCAGGUUUGACUUAUGCACCAGGCAAGUUCCCUACAUGGGUACCAGGAAUGGUUCCUACACCUGCACCAGGCAGCACAUAUGCUCCCAAUAAGAUACCAACACCAGGUCCAGGACUUACAUAUGCUCCAGGAAUGUUCCCAACACCAGCACCAAACCCUUUCCCAGUACCAACAGCUCUUCCAGGAACAUUCCAGGGAUCUGGAGUCAAUGGAAACAAAUCUGGAUGUGUACACUAUGGUGUUGUAUAUAACGCUGGUCAGACAUGGAAGGAUGGAUGUAAAUAUGAUUGUGAAUGCUUGGAUGAUCAUACUGGCAGAUACGAAUGCAAAGAGAGAUGUCCAUUGUUCUUGAAUCUUCCAUCAUAUUGCCGAUUGGUUGUCGAUCCAAAGGACGCUUGCUGUAAGGUCCCAGUAUGCCAGAAACCCACACCAGCUCCCGUAGCAACCCCAGCACCACAGCCUCAACCAACACCAGCUCCUGGACAAUCAACAAUAAGUCCAUUACUGACUGUACCAGGUAUACCUGGCGGCUUUUCUGGCUCCAGCACUCCCCGUGUACCUACACCAGGAACCGGAGGAAUAUCUGGCAAGAGUGAGGGCUGUGUAAUGAAUGGUGUCCACUAUGUGGCUGGACAGAGCUGGUAUAAUGGCUGUGACCAGAAAUGUGUGUGUGAAGAUGGCAAGACCCACUUCUACAGAUGUUUUGACAGAUGUGCAAAAUACCCAAAAAUACCAAGUGGAUGUACACUGGUACCAGAUCCAAAUGACCCAACUUGCUGUGAGGUACCACAGUGUAUACCAGUACCAGGUCCAGGCCAGACCGUGCCAACAGGAGGUCCACAGACUGUAACAGGUGUGCCUGGUGUCAUCUCUGGCUCUGGAACCCCACCUGUACCAACACCAGGAACCGGAGGCUUCACUUCUGCUCCUAAGAACGUAUGCGUGUAUCAAGGCAGAAUGUACACGCAAGGACAGAAAUGGCAAGACGGAUGCAAAUAUGACUGUAUCUGUACAGAUGGUAUGACAGGAAAAUACGAAUGCACUGAAAGAUGUGCUAAGUUCCCACUGGUUCCACCAGAGUGCAAGUUACAGAGAGAUCCAAAUGACGUCUGCUGUUUUGUACCAGUCUGUGACUACAACCAGACAUCUCCAACACUACCAGCACCAGUCUCUCCUGGUGUAUCUACACAGUUACCUCCCCUACCACCAUCAUUCUGCGUCUACAAGGGUGUACCAUACAGUCAGGGUCAGACCUGGGAUGACGGAUGCCAGAAGAAAUGUCGCUGUGACAAUGCUGAUAUGAACAUUUACACAUGCUUUGACAGAUGUAAAUCAUACAACAACCUGGGCUCUGGCUGUGUAAUGGUCAUUGAUCCAAAUGAUGCCUGCUGCCAGGUACCAAAAUGUACCUACAUCCCAACACCAGCUCCUCAGCCAGGUACCACGAAGACACUACCAACAGUGUGCCCAUACCCAAUGCCAACAGCAGUACCAGGUGUGAUCACAGGAGGUCCACAACCAGACCCAGUCACCGGAGUUGCACCAUCCAAUGUUGGUUAUUGUGAAUACAAGGGAACACAAUACAGACAGGGACAGAGCUGGGACGAUGGCUGCUCAUUCGUUUGUACAUGUAUUGAUACAAGCAGUGGACAGUACCAGUGUACUGAGAAAUGCCCACGAUAUGUUGGUCUACCAUCAUACUGCAAGAUGGCACAGGAUCCAAACAACAAGUGUUGUACAAAACCAGCCUGCAACGUAUGUCCACAUACACCCGCCCCACCCACAGGUGGUCCAGCUCCUCUGUCCACUCCAGCACCUAAAGAAGUAUGUGUAAUGGAUGGUAAACAGUACACUACAGGCCAGAAAUGGUAUGUGGGCUGUGACAAAUACUGUGUCUGUGAUGAUGGCAAGACCGGAGCUAUUAGUUGCAAUGACAGAUGUCCAAGCUAUCCUCUACAACCCGGCUGUACAAUGGUACCAGAUCCGAGAGAUCCAGUAUGCUGUCAGGCACCAAGCUGCCCAGGCAAUGCCGGAGUGUAUGGACAGGUUAACGGCUCAGGAACACCUUCACCACCAAUAAUACCAAGUCCCGUACCAGGAUCAACAAUGGUUGCACCAUCACAGCCACCAAAGGUUUGUGUAUACAAGGGAACUAUGUACACACAAGGACAGAAAUGGCAAGAUGGCUGCCAGUUUGAAUGCGUCUGUGAUGAUGCUAUGACUGGACACUAUCAUUGUACUGACAGAUGUCCACGAUACCCGAACCUAGCUUCCAGCUGCACUCUGGUGUAUGACCCUACCAACCCAUGUUGUAAGAAACCAGAGUGUUCAACAACACCUGCACCCUUACCAGGACAGUCUCCAACACCAGGACCUAACCCCACACCAUCCACACAGUUCUGUGUGUACCAAGGUGUGCCAUUCAGACAGGGCCAGACAUUCAACCAGGGUUGUGACAAGGUCUGUAAAUGUGAGGAUGCAAUGACAGGAAAGAUCACUUGUGAUGAUAGAUGUCCAACCUACCCAGCAUUGACUCCCAACUGCACUUUGACCACCGAUCCAAAAGACCAGUGUUGCCAGAUCCCACAAUGUACAACCAAGACAGGUGUGGUCGGUGUGCCAGGUGUAAUCUCUGGCUCAAACUUGCCAACCAACAAUCCAUACAACCCAGGAACUACUGGAUCCAGAAAUGGAUGCGUGUAUGGUGGCCAGGUAUACACACAGGGUCAGACAUGGGAUGACGGAUGCACUUACACAUGCGAAUGUCUCGAUGCUUCUACAGGCCGAUACAGAUGUGUAGAGAAAUGCCCAAGAAAUCCACCACUGCCAUCCUACUGUACGUUGACUCAGGAUCCAGCCAACAAAUGCUGCCAGAAACCAUACUGUCAACCCCCAACCGUUACAGUACCUCCAGGACCCACAGCAGCACCCAACCCAUUGUCCACACCUGCCCCACCACAAAAUGUGUGUAUAUACAAGGGCAGCACCUACCAGCAGGGACAACAAUGGUACGACGGAUGUGACUAUGUCUGUAGGUGUGAGGAUGCCAGCAAGAACUUCUACAACUGCAAACAGAGAUGUGCCAAGUUCACCAGCAUUCAGCCAGGUUGCACUCUUGUCCCAGACCAGAGUGAUCCAACAUGUUGCCAGAGACCAAGCUGUCCGCUCCUACCACCAACAGGUCCAAGUCCCACUCCCGGCAUCAUCACUGCUGCUCCACAACCAGGUGGUGUUAUCACAGGUGUCAACCCAACACCACAACCAGGAUCUACAAAUCCAGGCACAAGAAAAGGAUGCGUAUACAAGGGUCAAGUGUUCCACCAAGGACAGAAGUUUGAUGAUGGCUGUGACUAUGAAUGCGAGUGUCUCGAUGAAAUGACUGGACAAUACAAAUGUGUUGAAAAAUGCCAGAAAUACUCCUCCAUACCAAGUGAGUGCGUCCUGGUCCAGGAUCCAAAGAAACCCUGCUGCCAGGUACCAUUCUGUGACUUCACAAACCCAACACCAUUCCCAGGAGGAGUACCAACCCCAGCCCCAGCACAGACCCCAGCACCUAAACCAGGUGUUGUCACUGUAGCACCAUAUGUUAUACCAGGUGUUACAAAUACUCCAAGACCAGGUGUGAACCCGUCACCAACACCAGGACCAACAUUCACAACAGCAAAACCGCAAGGUUACUGUGUAUACAAGGGUGUAUACUACACACAAGGACAGACUUGGGAUGAUGGUUGUGACAAGAGAUGUAGAUGUGAAGAUGUUAUGAAGGGAUAUUACACUUGCAACCAAAGAUGUGCAUCAUACCCUGUGUCAUCAUGCCCACUGAAGGCUGAUCCAGCAGACUCAUGCUGUUUGAUCCCCGAUUGUAACACUGGUAAUAUACCCACACCAAUGCCGACACCCGGUCCAGGUCAGUCAACCAUCAAUCCAAUAGUUACACCCAAACCCAUCUCAGGAUCCUUCACCGGAACUAGUGGUGGAAACCCAGUCAAGGUACCUUACCAGCCUGGCACUGGAUCUACCGGUUCUACACCUGCAUGUGUAUACAAGGGUAUGAUCUACACACAAGGACAACAGUGGAAUGAUGGAUGUAGCUAUGUCUGUGAAUGUGUUGAUGCUUCAAGAGGACAGUAUAAAUGUAACGAUAGAUGCCCCAAGUAUCCCUACCUACCUCCACAAUGUCACUACAAGCAGUCAAGCAGAGAUGCUUGCUGCCAGGAACCAGAAUGUAACACAUACAUACAGCCAUCAACACAGGCACCAGUCAUCACAGUGAGACCAGGCAUGGUAACUGGACCUAAUGGAUCUAACCCACCAACCAUCUCACCAUCAACUGUGUGUGUAUACACAAAUGGUAUGCAAUAUGCACAGGGAGCUACAUGGCAAGAUGGAUGUGACAAGGAUUGCAAGUGUACUGAUGCUUCAGCAAAUAUCUUUGAGUGCACAGAGAAGUGUCCAGUCUACUCUGGUCUGCCAUCAUUCUGUAUUCUGGUCAAGGAUCCAAGCAACACUUGUUGUAUGAAACCACAGUGUACUCUGCCCAGUGGAGUGACCUUAUCCCCAGUGUCAGGCACAGCUACCCCACCACCGUCAUCUCUCCAGGUACUUCCUGUAGGAACCCAUGUGGUGAUCAAUGGAUACAGCAAGCCACAGCCAGGACAGAUGAUCUCUGGUGGUAGAGACCAGUGUGUAUACAAAGGAUCUUUACAUAGCCAGGGCACAUCAUGGGAAGAUGGCUGCAAGUUUGUAUGCACCUGUGAGAAUGGUAAAACUGGAAUGUACAGAUGUACUUCUAAAUGCCCACAAUAUCCCAAGUUACCUAGCUACUGUAAGGCUGUGACGGUACCUGGCCAGUGUUGCCAGACUCUUACAUGUGACAUUCCCGGCUACGGAACAUACAGCCCAGUACCUCAGCUGGUACCCACACCAAGACCUUCAGGUUCACCAACUGGUUCCACGUCCAACCCACAGAUUAUUGUUAUGCCUCAGAACCCAGUUGGAGGUGGUCGCUACCCAGGAGGUGGAUAUUACCUACCUAACGCUACCAGCCCAGACGUCACAGGAUCCCUUAGAGACAAGUGUGUAUACAAGAACCGCCUGUACAACCAAGGAGAGACCUGGGAUGAUGGUUGUGACUAUAAAUGUCAGUGUAUGGACAGUAGAACUGGAUACUAUGUUUGUAACCCGCUUUGCCCUGUUUACAACAACUUGCCUUCUAACCAGUGCUACUUGGUAAAGGCUGAUGGUCAGUGUUGCUCACAGCCCAUGUGUUACGAUCCGAAUAAGAACCAAGUUGUUAAUCCACUGACAAGCAGCUCAGUGUUCCCAGUUGUUGGUACCUACACUGGCGGCUUCACUGGUUUCAGGCCAUACACUACACCAGGACAGAACAUUGGCGGAACUAAAAAUGCUUGUGUAUACAAGGGCACAGUAUACCGACAGAAUGCUAAGUGGGACGAUGGAUGUGAUUUCACAUGUACAUGUUUGGACGAAACAAACGGCAUGUACUCAUGCUCAGCCAAAUGUCCAGAGUAUACCAACAUUCCACCAGUGUGCAGACUCGAGUCUCAGACCGGAAGCUGCUGUAAGAGAGUGGUGUGUAAUACAAACACUGGCGUCACUCUGCCACCUGGACCCACGCAAACACCUCCAACCACAUCCCAACCAAGAAUUGACCCGAAAUGCCACGAUAACAUCAAUAAUUGUAAGGACUAUGGAAAGGAUGCUUGCGGCGCAGUAUACAAGGACUGGGCAACCAGAAAUUGUCCAAUGACCUGCGGCAUCUGUAUUCCAAGUUUCACUACUCCACCACCAGUGUGUGCUGACAAACUAAGUGACUGUAAGGACUAUGGAGUCCAGGCUUGUUCAGGAAUCUAUGAACCAUGGGCACAAGACAACUGUAGAAAGUUCUGCGGACUCUGCGUAACAACUGCUCCACCUUUCCCUGGCCAGUCAGUUAUAACAACACCCUCUGCUUGUGUGGACAAACUGUCAACCUGUAGUCUGCUUGAUACAAGUUUCUACUGUAGCGGAGAGUAUUACGGCUAUGCUUUGGAAAAUUGCCAAAAGACUUGUGGCCUCUGCAACGAUCACAAGACCACAACAACAGCACCCCCACCAGUCACGGUUGAUGCAUCUAAAUGGAUGCUCUUCCUGAAGGGAGUUGCCGGGGCCCCUGGUCCAGAUCUGUACCAGUUGUGGUACUCCUCACAGACCCUUAAUCCAAAUGUUCCCCAGGCUCAGACCCUCACUUCAUCAUUCAAUGGUCACUACAAACCAGAUUACUCUAACCACUGGAAGGAUUUAUGCAUUGACCAGGUGAAGGUAGGAAUCUACAACAAUGGAGUAGAGAAGGCCAACAUUAUUUUCAAUGCAACAGGGGCAGACAAGAACAGCUGGUUUACCUCAGACAGGAUUAUCUCCUCUACAUGGACGGACAUCAAGUCGGCACAGAAAGAAAUCUUCAGCUUGGCAGGUGAUGCUAAUACUGGCCGUGAGUUCUACGUUAAUGGCCACUCAUCAAAGACCGACAAUUGUGACUCUUUCGGCUGGAUUAUGGUCUCAACAAAAUCAUCCUGCUUCUAUGAGGCCGGAGACAAGAAACCAACAUUCUACUAUGCACCAGGAACCAGUCAGGCUCAUUGGGGAUUCACAAAUCCUGGAACUGGAGAUGUGUUCGCUAUCCAAGCACAUUCACAAUGCCCACCAGGCAGUGUAACAGGACAAGUCACUGGAUCUCCACACUCAACAGCAGCAGCAGUAUGUGAAUACAAGGGUAAACAGUACACACAGGGACAAUUCUGGACAGACGGAUGCCAGUAUAACUGCAGUUGUGAAGACGCUUCCAUUGGCUACUACAGAUGUAGAAACCUAUGUCCACAAUACACCAACCUCCCACCAGGUUGUAAACUGGUGACCAAUCCUGGAGAAUGCUGUGCUCAACCAGACUGCGGAACAGUUUUAAUAUCCACCAUUAAACCUCAGAUAGUUGUAGGAGGUGCUGCAUUCUGUACAUACAAGGGACAAUACUAUACCCAGGAUCAGACAUGGAAUGAUGGAUGCAGCCAGUCUUGUACAUGUACCAAUGCUGACCAAGGAAUGUACUCUUGUAGAGCUGUGUGUUUGAACUGGAACAACUUACCAAGUAUCUGUCACCUUGAGGAUCCAAAACCACCCCUGUGUUGCCAACAGCCCAGGUGCCCCAGUGGUGUUAUCAUCAAUAUUCCGAAGGCCUACAAAGCAGAAUAUCCUGGUUACACAUACGUUUAGUCAAACACAGUUUCAGGCCAUUGCCUUCUUAUUUGAUAAUCUUGCAUUUGAUUAUUUAAAAUGCUCUUUGUUUAUAAAUAGAUUGUAAUAAAAGAGGAAUAUAUUUAUAUGUAAAAAUUU